UAGCUUACUUUGCAACUACCUCUAACUACUAAAAUGGCGGAUAUUUCUAUGCUAUGAAGACAAAAUAAAACUCAAAACUAUGAAGAAGAAGAAGAAACAGAGACAGCUACAACAUCCAAUUCUCUGAUCGUGUGGUGCCAUUUGUACUGCAGAUAGGUACGCUUGUUUCUGAUUUGAGUUUAAUCUAAAAAUGGACGUCCCAUUACUGCGUUACCAAAGUCUCUCAUUGGAUCAAUUUAGGGAUAAUUAUAGCUUAUUAUCUUCGUCUAAGUGUAUUAAUCAGAUAAAUCUAUUCUCUAUAUAUGGUUUUACAUUCAGUAGAAGAAAAUGGAGUACUCCAGUUGCUAUUACAAACCAGAGUUAUUCUCUUGAUCGUGGAUUACAGCCACGGCCUAAACCAAUUUCUAAACCAUUAAUUGACUUAGGAAAACGAACUAAUAUUGAAAAUACCCAUGUUAAAAAAUCAAGUAUUAGAAUUUGUAGUCAGAUAGAGAAGUUAGUUGUUCAUGGAAGGUAUAUCGAUGCGCUUGAUUUGUUUGAGAUACUUGAGCUCGACGGAGGAUUUGAUGUGAGUACCACUACUUUUGAUGCUUUAGUUGCUGCUUGUAUAGGAUUAAGAUCCAUCCCGGGCGUUAAGAGGGUGCUUAGUUAUAUGUUGGGUAACGGGUUUGAACCGGAUCAGUAUAUGGCUAAUAGAAUUCUGCUUAUGCAAGUUAAGUGUGGGAUGAUUAUUCAUGCUCGGAAAUGGUUUGAUGAAAUGCCUGAAAAGAAUUUGGCUUCUUGGAAUACUAUUAUUUCUGGGCUUGUGGAUGUGGGGGAUUAUAGGGAAUCAUUCAGAUUGUUUUUGAUUAUGUGGGAAGAGUUUUCUGAUGUUGGGUCUCGCGCGUUUUCCAUCAUGAUUCAUGCUUCUUCUAGAAUGGGGUGGAUUUCUACAGGGAGGCAGCUACAUGCGUGUGCUUUGAAGAUGGAAGCAGGGGAUGAUGUGUUUAUUUCUUGUGCUUUAAUUGAUAUGUAUGGUAAGUGUGGCAGCCUGGAGGAUGCUCAAUGUGUCUUUGAUGAAAUGCCAGACAAAAAUACAGUGGCUUGGAAUACUAUCAUUGCCGGUUAUGCACUUCAUGGUUAUAGUGAGGAAGCUUUGGACAUCGUUUAUGGGAUGCGUGUUUCUGGUUUUAGAAUGGACCAUUUUACACUUUCUAUAGUAGUGAGAAUAUGUGCGCGGUUAGCUUCUUUGGAUUAUGCUAAGCAAGCCCAUGCUGCUCUAAUUCGUCAUGGUUUUGAAUCGGAUAUGGUAGCAAACUCGGCACUUGUUGAUUUUUAUAGCAAAUGGGGAAGAGUGCAAACUGCUCAGAAUGUUUUUGACCAGAUGUCUUGUAAAAACAUUAUUUGCUGGAAUGCCUUGAUUGCGGGAUAUGGUAAUCACGGUAAUGGAGAUGAGGCAAUUGAGUUGUUUGAGGAGAUGCUUGAAGAAAGGAUGAGACCCAACCAUGUCACUUUUCUUGCUGUUCUAUCUGCCUGUAGCUACUCGGGUUUAUCAGCACGCGGGUGGGAAAUUUUUCAAGCUAUGGAGAAAGAGUACAAAGUAAUUCCUCGGGCAAUGCAUUAUGCUUGUAUGAUUGAAUUAUUAGGUAGAGAAGGGCUCUUAGAUGAAGCUUUUGCUUUGAUAAGACGUGCUCCUUUUAAGCCCACUGCAAAUAUGUGGGCUGCUCUGUUGACAGCUUGUCGAAUCCAUGAAAAUGUAGAGCUUGGGAAAUUGGCUGCUGAGAAGCUUUAUGGAAUGGAACCUGAGAAGCUUAACAAUUACAUUGUUCUUUUGAAUAUAUACAACAGCUCUGGCAAGCUAAAAGAAGCUGCUGGCGUCGUCCAGACCUUAAGAAGAAAGGGUUUGAGAAUGCUUCCAGCAUGCAGUUGGAUUGAAGUUAAGAAACAGGUACAUGUUUUUCAUUCUGGAGAUAAAUUUCAUCCCCAGAGAAAGGAGAUUUAUCAAAAAGUGGAUGACUUGAUCAAAGAAAUUUCUAAAUUUGGUUAUAUUCCUGAGAAGAAAAGCAUGCUUCCUGAUGUGGAUGAACAAGAACAGCGCCUGUUGUUGUACCGUAGUGAGAAACUGGCAAUUGCUUUUGGGUUGAUUAACACUCCAUAUUGGGCACCUCUGCAAGUUGUUCAGGGUCACCGUCUCUCUAGCGACUCUCACGAAGCAAUUAAGUUGGUAGCUAUGAUUACCAGGAGGGAAAUUGUAGUAAAAGAUGCUAGCAGAUUUCAUCACUUCGAAAACGGGAGUUGUUCUUGUGGGGAUUAUUGGUAAGUACUGUUGUUUUAUACUCUGAAGGCCAAUUUUCCCUGUCUGAGAAUUUACAUCUGCAAAUUUGUCAAACAAAUUUGUUCUCUAUUCUUAUUUACCUACGUUCUAAAUAAUGUUAUAGUUGUAAUUAUUCCUCGUAGUGAAUUAGAAAUGAUAGUUCUUAGCCACAUAUAUAUUUCAAAUUUUAUUCACUUGUUUAUGAUAUAAUUCUAUUUAAGAAAUUCUGUUUCAACU